AUGGUUCGAUGUCGCUUUUUCCUCUUCUACCUAAUCCUUAUCCAUUAUGCGUUAGCAGUUCGAAAUAAAAGUAGGCCGAAAGCGGAUUUUUACUUGAAGACGAAUUGCGAGUUGGUGAAGAGGCGAAAGAAUGGCUCUAAGGCGUAUUUCAAGAGGAAGGCGCGGGGUGAGGAUUUGGGUUCGCGGGCUCGCUAUGAUGACUCGCAGCUAUGGGGAAGACGCAACCGCUGCAGUGGCGGUAACCGCGUAAACCGGAGCAAUCGUGAGAGAGGCGCUCUGCGCGCCACGAGCACGUUCGUGUCCAAGUACUACAAAAUAAACAUAAACGACGUGUACAGCUACCUGAAUAGGAAGAAAUAUGAGUUCAUAGAGACAGACGUGAAGAUAACGCUCAAAUACUGCCCCUUCUGCCCGCCACACAAGUAUAAAUAUGACAAUAUGUACAAGCAUGAGAUUUUUAAAAACACGGGAAAUAGCUACUGCCACCGGUGCGGGUAUAAAGGCAGCUUCUACGAUUUCAAGCUAAAAAUGGGGGACUUAAUAACCAGCAAUUUCGAAAACACCGUUGUAGACCAUACCUAUGAGGAGGAAAAAAUAACCUUCAACGAUGUCAAGGUGUAUAGCAUGAAUUUGUUGUACUCCAAGGAGGCAGAAGCGGCAAGGAAAUACUUAACCGAAGAGAGAAAGCUAAAUUUAGAGACGCUCAAAAAGUAUUACGUAGGAUUUUCCAUCAUGGAAUUUCAGUCGCUGGAAAAUUCGGGGAAGUUUGAGAAGCACGAAUGUUUAAUUUUCCCCUUUAUAAGAAAGGCGAAUGGUGCGAGCUCCCUGGGGUUGAUGGGGAGCAAACACAGUACAAAUGAGAUAGACGCGCAGGAAAAUGCCUCGUACGAAGUUGUCCGCAUAAAGGUAAGAAGCUUGAGGGAUAAGGGAUACAUGAGGUUGUACCCGAAGAACGUAAAAGACGAAGUGAAGUUAUUCUUUUUCGGGGACCACUUGGUUGGCAGCUCCGAAGAGGUUGUCCUGACGGAAGGGGAGAUAGAUGCCAUGACCGUAAGUCAGGAGACGAAUUAUGCAGCCAUUUCCCUGCCCAAUGGUUCCAAGUCGCUGCCGAUAUAUUUGUUGCCCUAUUUGGAAAGGUUCAAAAAGAUACACCUGUGGCUCGAUUUUGACAAGGCGGGGAAAUCCAGCGUCUUUAAUUUUGUCAAUAAAAUUGGGCUAGGGCGGACGAACGUAAUAACCGAUGCGAAUGUGCACUAUCUAGAUGAGCAGCUCUUCGAGAGAAAGCGGAAAAAUUUGUUAACCAAAGGGGGUCUCCUCGUGCCCCUCACAGUUGGCGAUAGCCCCAUCGGCGUGGCGGAGCAGAAGCAGGGUGGUAUUAAAGAAAAUACGCAAAGGGGAGAAGAAAAUGGACACUCUGAGAACACCCUGGAUGGAAGAAGCCCCAACACAGCUGCAGACCCCACGUCAGGCACAAACAAAGCAGAUUUGAAAACAGCAGAAAAGGAAGGUGACAGAAGGAAGAACCCCAUUUGUGGUGAGACGGGAAGUACCCAAGAGGGGGAGCAAAAAAAGGCGAGCGAAAAUUGCAAAGCAAAAACGCUCCACUUUGUGCAGAACAAUAUUAUGUACCUACCAAACAGCAUCGUCGUGAAGGAUGCCAAUGACUGCCUAAAGCACAACAUAGACGUUCGCUUUUUUAUACAAAAUAGCGAAAAGGUGAAACAUAGCCAAAUAUUAAACUUCAACGAUUUGAGACAAAACAUUUUGGAAGAAUUAAAAUACCCAGAUAGAAUAAAUGGGGUUAAGAGUAAAACCAUUCCAUCGUUAAAUAAGUUUCUAUAUGGGCUACGCAUGGGAGAGUUGUCCAUAUGGACAGGUCCAACGGGGGUAGGCAAAACUACCCUGCUAUCCCAACUGUCACUAGAUUAUUGCAUCCAGGGGGUAUCUACCCUAUGGGGGUCCUUCGAAAUUAAUAACAUAAAAUUAGGAAAAGUAAUGUUAAAUCAAUUUUGUGGAAAAAACUUAGAAAAAAAUAUCGACCUAUUUGACUUAUAUGCAGAUAAAUUUGAAUUAUUGCCUCUAAAAUUUCUAAAGUUCCAUGGAAGCACAAAUAUAGACCAAGUUUUAGACGCCAUGGAUUAUGCAGUUUAUGCCUACGAUGUGAAGCACAUCAUUAUAGACAAUUUACAGUUUAUGUUAAAUAUAAAUAAAUUUUCCGACAUAUAUGAGCUACAGAACAUUGCCAUUGAUAAGUUCAGAUCGUUUAGUACAAAUAAAAAUGUGCAUAUCACUUUGGUUGUUCAUCCGAGGAAGGAGGAUAACAAUCUCCUCUCCAUUGCCUCCGUUUUUGGUAGCGUCAAAUCGACACAGGAGGCAGAUAAUGUGUUUAUCAUUCAGAGACAUGUGUCCAAAACGAAUGAAACUGUUUUUUUUAUAGACAUCAAAAAGAACAGGUUUAAGGGGAGCUUGGGUAGAAUUCCCUACUUGUACAAUAAGGAAAAUAUGACCAUCAAGGAGAUGUCCAUUGGCUACUUAAAUGAUUCCAUUUCGAGUAGCGGCUAUGGGGCAAAUGGUACCCCCCCUUCUUCCAAUUUUUUGCCGAGUGUUAAUCCCCCACGCGAUGGAUUGGACUUCACUCUGUGCGACGAAUACGACUAUAUGAAGCAGCUGGCCGAUGAGUACGAAUCCAAGCACGCAGUGAGAAGGUACCGCCUUGGCGCUGAUGGAAAGGCUAACGGUGUGGGGAGUGGAAGCACGAACAGGCCUAAUGCUUCCUCCUUGAAGUGCUCCCAAAAUGUAAAUAGCACCGAUGGAGGGUUGGUGGACUCCUCGCGCAAUAACCAAAAUAGGGAUAACAAGCCGGUUAAUCAGGUAGGCGGUGUGGAGGAUGACCCCACGAGGAGUAACCACGUAGGUAGUGCAAACGGAAGGGGCGAAAAGGGAGGCAUAAAAAAUAUACUGAAGGGAACCGACCGAGGAGACACAGCCCCCCCUGUAGGAGGAACCCCAACGAGUGAUAAACCAAGUGGUGGUAGCUCCCAUGUGGGCACCCCUGCUAAGCCAACCGGGGAGAAGCAAGAACUAACCGCAGAUAUGUCCAAGCAGAGCGUACCAUCCUACCGAUUGAGCAGCGAAGGGAUAAUAAAACUAUGCGAAGAAAUAAAAGACAACAAAGGGGAAACGCUAAAGGAUAGAGAGAUAACCAUAUCAAUGAGGAGCUGUGUUAUAAAUAAAGACUCAACGAUUAAGGACCUUCGAAACUUUAUAAAGACAAACAAGUUAAAUAUAAAAACUGCGGGGAAGAACCUAAAAAAGGUAGACGUUUUUAUAGCCAUUUUGCAGAGCAUUCCGAAGGAGUACAUAACGGUUAAGUAUGUAGGAGGGGACGUGGGGAAGGGAAAUCCUACCAACAACAAUGUGCGAAUGGGAGGUGGUGAAAAUGUGAAGGGGGGCAGACUCAAUGGCGCGCUCGCAGGGAAUCAUAACAGUGUGAACGGUGGGGGGAGCCCGUCCAGGGCAAUACCAAUUGGGGGUCCCACCAAGAAUGAUCUCAACAUCGUUACAACUGCGCGGGAAUCCCCCGUGAAUAGCCACAACCUUGGGCAUAUUUCAAGCGGACACGGGAGUGCCCCCCUAACGGGGGAUGGCCAAGUAGGAGAAAAGCACUACAGUGAAGAAAUAAAAUCGCUAUACGGGGAGGAAGUCACGAAAAGGUACAUCCAGGACAAUAUAAUCAACGUAGACGACAACAUUGUUAAGCGGAGUGGCACCUUCAAAUUGGAAGGAGACGACAAAAUGGUUGGGAGCGAAAAAUUGGAGUACUACGAACCGGUGAAAAAAUUCGACGACGACAUUGAGUCGAGGUUUUUUCUCAUACACGACAGUAAUUACAACGAAAGGAUUAAUCAUAUAUAUAAGAAUGUAACGCACUGCGGGCUGGACAUUGAGACUACCGGGCUGGAGGUGUUCGACGAGAAGAUCCGCCUCAUCCAGAUCGCCGUGGAGGAUUACCCAGUGAUCAUUUACGACAUGUUUAACAUAACGAAGGAGAGCAUCCUAACUGGCCUGCGGGAAGUCCUAAAAAAUGAAAAAGUGGUGAAAAUUAUACAAAACGGGAAAUUCGACGCGAAAUUUUUAAUGCACAAUAAAUUUGAGGUAGCCAAUAUAUUCGACACGUACAUAGCUAGCAAGCUGUUAGACAAAAAUAAAAACAUGUACGGAUUUAAGCUGAACAAUAUUGUGGAGAAAUAUUUAAAUGUAACCCUAGACAAGCAACAGCAAAAUAGCGUGUGGAAUAAUUCGCUGCUGAACAAUAACCAGCUGUUUUACGCUGCAAGAGACUCCAGCUGUUUACUCAAAUUGUACAAAAAAUUGAAGUCCGAAAUUUGUAGGGAAAAUAUGGGGACUGUAAACGAUAUUGAAAAUAAGUGCAUUUUGCCCAUUUGUGACAUGGAGCUUAAUGGCAUCACGGUGGACCUGGAGAGCUUGAGCAAAAGUACGAAUGAAAUUUUGAGCGAAUUAAAUGAAGAGACGAGCAAAUUGAAGGCAGAACUGAAGGACGAAGAAAUUAACGUAAACUCGCAGCAACAGGUGCUAAAGGCAUUACAAAAUAAAAACGUGAGGGAUGUUUCCAAUAAACUUAUCGAAAAUACAUCCGACUCAAAUUUGAAGAACUUCCUCAACCAUAGGGAAGUGGUCCUUCUAAGAAAUUACAGAAGAUUGUAUAAGCUCUACUCCGCCUUCUACCUAAAGCUACCACAACAUAUAAACAAAAAAACGAACAAAAUACACACGACGUUUAAUCAGUUAAAAACUUUCUCAGGCAGAUUUAGCAGUGAGAAACCAAACUUACAGCAAAUCCCAAGGCAGAAAAAUAUAAGGGAAAUUUUCAUUCCCCAAAAAGACAAUAUAUUUAUUAUCGCCGACUUUAGGCAAAUUGAGCUGAAGAUAGCUGCAGAAAUUACAAAUGACGAUAUUAUGCUCAAGGCGUAUAAUAAUAACAUCGAUUUGCACACACUCACCGCUAGCAUUAUCACGAAGAAGGCCAUAGCUGAUGUGAAUAAGGAAGAUAGGCACAUUGCCAAGGCCAUUAACUUUGGGUUAAUCUACGGAAUGAAUUACGUCAAUUUGAAAAAUUAUGCAAACACGUAUUAUAACCUAAAUAUGAAUCUUGAUCAAUGCCUUUAUUUUUAUAACUCCUUUUUUGAGCACUAUAAGGGCAUAUACAGAUGGCACAAUCAAAUAAAACAAAUGAGGGCCUUAGAGUACUCCACCCUUUCCAACAGGAAAGUCAUUUUCCCCUACUUUUCCUUCACCAAGGCGUUGAACUACCCAGUGCAGGGCACCUGUGCUGACAUUUUGAAACUCUCCUUAGUGGAGCUCUACAAAAAUUUGAGACCCAUCAAUGGGAAAAUCAUCCUCUGCGUCCACGAUGAAAUUAUAAUCGAGGUGGACAAGAAAUAUCAGGAGGAUGCCUUGAAAAUCCUCGUGGAGUCGAUGGAAAAUUCCGCUUCCUUCUUUUUGAAAAAAGUCAAGUGCGAAGUUUCCGUGAAGAUUGCGCAGAACUGGGGCUCCAAGGAGUAG